AUGAUGUUCAACUUGAAACCUUUGAUUCCUGCACUGCUGGCGACUUCGUUCCUCCCAGCUACCAUGGCCGAAACAUGCUCUGCCAUCGGCAGUCUUUCAGACAACUCCGUCGUCGGCCUUGGCCCUCAAGGCUUAUCCAGCAACGUUAUCCUUCAAAACGGAAACGGCGAUAAGAUCGGUGAGCUUGAGGUUUGUGACACCUGCCCACACGCUUGCACGGACCUUGCCUAUAUCGAGGGCGAAGGAUUAGAGGACAGCUUUGCAUGGGCUGCCAGUUGUAGCAUCAAUCAUUUCAAGUAG